AUGGAUUGGGUAAAUGUGAGCAUCCCACAGGAAUUCAUCCUGUUAGGUUUCUCAGAUAGACCAUGGCUGGAGUUUCCACUUUUUGUGGUUUUCCUCAUUUCUUACAUUGUGACCAUCUUUGGCAAUCUGACCGUUAUUCUAGUGUCACGUCUGGACUCCAAACUCCAUACCCCCAUGUAUUUCUUUCUUACCAACCUGUCUGUCCUGGACCUUUGCUACACCACAAGUACAGUUCCACAAAUGCUAGUAAAUUUACACAGCACUAGGAAGGUAAUUAGUUACGGUGGCUGUGUGCUUCAACUUUUCAUGUUCUUGUCAUUGGGGGCCACUGAAUGUGUUCUCCUGGCUGUCAUGUCCUUUGAUAGGUUUGCAGCUAUUUGUCGGCCUCUCCAUUACCCAGUUAUCAUGCACCAAAGGCUCUGCCUCCAAUUGGCAGCUGCAUCCUGGGUUACUGGCUUUGUCAUUUCAGUGUGGAUGUCCACUCUGACUCUCCAGCUGCCAUUAUGUGGCCCCUAUGUAAUAGAUCACUUUCUCUGUGAAGUCCCUGCACUACUCAAGUUGUCAUGUGUUGACACAACAGCAAAUGAGGCUGAACUAUUCUUUGGAAGUGUGCUAUUCCAUCUAACACCCCUGAUACUCAUCCUUAUAUCAUAUGCUUUUAUUGCCCAAGCAGUGUUGAGAAUCCAAUCUGCUGUAGGUCGACAAAAGGCAUUUGGGAUAUGUGGUUCUCACCUAAUUGUGGUGUCACUUUUUUAUGGCACUGCCAUCUCCAUGUACCUACAACCACCAUCAGCUAACUCUAAGGACCGGGGAAAGAUGGUGUCCCUUUUCUAUGGAAUCAUUGCACCCAUGAUGAACCCCCUUAUAUAUACACUUAGGAACAAAGAGGUAAAGGAGGCCUUUAAAAGGUUGGUUGCAAGAGUCUUCUUAACCAAGGAAUAGGGAAUAUGUAAACGAAGCUUUGUUAAAGACUUAACGUUUACUUAAUUUACUAAGUUACUUCUCUUCAAGUUGCCCU